GUAGUUUUCGGGUUUACAUACACAGCACCCAAUUACCUCUGCGCAAGCCGCCUCAUAACUCAGUUUCUCUCUCUCGGAGACUCUCACCUAGCUAGCUAGAGAGAGAGAGAGGGAGAGAGAGACUGGUACCAGAAGGAAAGAGAGACUCGUUUUUGUGGCUUUAAAAAGUCAUAGACAGAGAGCUAAAUAAAGAAAAGAGAGAGAGGAGCUAGAAGGGGGAGGCUUUUGAGAGAAUGGGCAUCACCCCAGUUAAAGAGAGAAAAGAAAGCAGCAAUUGAAACUCUGCAGAUGGCCAAUUUUAGUGUUUUUGAAAUUCGCAUCCUCUCCUUCUCUUUCAGUUCACUGACUCGGUUUAAUUUCCAUAGGUAAAUUAAGCUAGCUAGAUUGAUUAAGAUUUUCAUAUUAUCUAGAGAAGGAAGAACAAAAUGUUGGAGUACGAAUGGGGAAACCCGUCAACAAUAAUGUUAUCAGGUGGAGAUGAUCAACAAGCUGGAAGCAACCACGAAGUACAAGAUCAAAAUCGUCAAGCUAGCAUUUUCGAUCACUACACCACUCAAUCUUUCAACGACAACAACCUCAUUCCUCAACAUACCUCUCCAACCUUAAUGUUUCAGAACCACCCCACCACCACCAACGCUACACAUCACAAUAUCAACUCUUUUUUCGACCCUCGUGCUUACGCCGGCGCCGGCGCCUCCUCUUUUCCCACCACUCACCAUCCUUCCCUCCUUUCCCUUGAUCCAAUCCCAACAGUCACAUCAGUCGCAACUGCAACCUCUUAUUUCCUUAUCCCAAAAAGUGAGGAAAUUCCUCGUUCAAAUUCCGAUUUGAUCACUUCAAGGAUAGGACUGAAUUUGGGAGGAAGAACUUAUUUUUCUUCGGCUGAGGAUGAUUUUGUGAACCGGCUUUACCGCCGGUCUAGACCGCUCGAUCCCGGUUCUUCAUCUAAUGCUCCAAGAUGUCAAGCUGAAGGGUGCAAUGCUGACCUUACUCAUGCUAAACACUACCAUAGACGCCAUAAAGUCUGUGAGUUUCACUCUAAAGCUUCUACUGUCAUCGCCGCCGGGUUGACUCAGCGAUUCUGCCAGCAGUGUAGCAGGUUUCAUCUUCUCUCAGAAUUUGAUAAUGGAAAGCGUAGUUGCAGAAAGAGAUUAGCUGAUCACAAUCGUCGUAGGCGAAAAUCACACCAAAUUAAUCAAGAAAAUCAGAAAUCACAUCUAGAAAAUGCCACCAUUUCCUCAUCUGAGAUUCUCACAAGGUCUCCACCGGACUCUGGAGCUCAUCCUACUUCAUCGGUGACGGUGGCGAUGUCCCCUCCUCGAAUGUCUCUGGAUUGUUUCAAGCAAAGAUCGUAUCAAGCCACUGCUUCUUCUUCUACAUCGUCAAGCUCACUGUUUUUCUCAAGCGGGUAAAAAAUGUCAAUGACCUGAUCAUCAAGGAGGAUUUAAUAUUAACUAAGCAGUAACAUAGUGUUACUCCAGUGUUAUAUUUAUUUUUCCCUCUUAAUUUACUCUCUCUUUAAUUAUUGUUGAUUAAUGCUCACUCUUGAUUGUGUUAGUAAAAACCAAAUGGAGUAUCUGCUCUGCUAAUAUAUUUCUCUCUUCAAGCGAUUUAA